GGACCGCGGGAGCCGCGGAGGAGCCCGACGCCGGGAGCGCUUGCAGGACUCCGGUGAGGAGAGCUCAGCCUGUAGGCGUGCAUAGACAGGUCUGCAUCUGCGGUUGCCAGGUAGGCGUAUGUGAGAGGGCCGAUCCUCCUGAUCCUCUGGAGGCCAUCCCGUCGCUGCCAACACCAUGCUGUCCCCUCAGAGGGCUUUACUCUGCAACCUCAACCACAUCCACCUCCAGCAUGUUUCUCUGGGCCUGCAUUUGUCCCGCCGUCCUGAGCUACGAGAGGGGCCUUUGAGCACGUCUCCUCCCCCAGGGGACACCGGGGGCAAAGACAGCAGGCGUCCCUGCAGCGGGACCUUAGUGGACGCCAAUUCCAACAGCCCCGCCGUGCCCUGCCGAUGCUGCCAGGAGCACGGGUCAGGCCUAGAAAACCGACAGGACCCAGCACAGGAGGAAGAGGGGGCUGCCUCUCCCUCGGAUCCAGGCUGCUCCUCCUCCCUCAGCUCCUGCUCAGACCUUAGCCCCGAUGAGUCCCCCAUCUCAGUCUACUCUCGGGACCUCCCUGGCAACGAGGAUGUCCACCCUCAGCCCAGCAUCAUCCCCCUGGAGCAGGGCUCCCCACUCGCUUCCGCAGGCCCUGGCACCUGCUCCCCGGACAGCUUCUGUUGCUCUCCCGAUUCCUGUUCUGGAGAUUCCUCCACACCCGGCCCGGGCCUGGACUCCAACUGCAACGCCCUGACCACCUGCCAGGACCUCCCUUCCCCAGGGCUAGAGGAAGAGGAGGAGGGUGGGGAGCAGAGCCUCCCUACCUCCGAGCUCCCAGAGGCGGAUGAGGAGAAAACCGACGCUGGGAAAAACGAACCCAGUUGGAAAAUUAACCCCAUUUGGAAAAUUGACACAGAGAAAACUGAAGCUGCCUGGAAAAUCACUGAGAACAAUAACUCUGGUUUGAAAACCAAUGGGAAUCCUAACUCUAGCUGGGAAUCUGAACCUGCAAAAUUCGACUCCGGUUGGAAAACCAACACAGGAAUAAGUGAUUCUGGCUCGAAAACAGAUGCAGGGAAAACUGAUGGGGGAUGGAGAAGUGACGUCAGCGAGGAGCCGGUGCCCCACCGGACAAUCACGUCCUUCCACGAGCUGGCUCAGAAGCGCAAGCGGGGCCCGGGGCUGCCCCUCGUGCAGCAGGCCAAGAAAGACCGCAGUGACUGGCUCAUAGUUUUCUCUCCCGACACCGAGCUGCCACCGACCGGGUCGCUGGGCGGCUCUCCGGCGCCCGCCCGGGAAGUCACCACCUUCAAGGACCUCCGGGCCCGAAUCCGGGCCCCGCCCCCGCCAGUCCCUCCCCGAGAACCCCCCGCUGGCUGGGCCUUGGUUCCACCCCGGCCUCCACCCCCACCCGUCCCUCCCCGGAGGAAGAAGAACCGUUCUGGGCUGCAGCCCAUAGCGGAGGGGCAGCCCGAGGAGGGCAGGGCGGGUAGCCCCGCGGCUGGCGAGGAGGCCACGGCCACGAAGGAGCCGGAAGAGCCCGGCACGCAGGCCAGUCUUGAGGCCAGUCCCCCACUCCUGCUCCCUCGGCCCCUGGUUUUCCGGUUCUCGGCCGACGGGCGCCCCCUGUUGGAGGGAGGGGGCGCGGGUGCAGCUGGGUCUCUGCUCCUAGCGAGGCCUCUGGCCGGCUGGCCCGGCGCCGGGCUGCGGCUGCUGGGGGCGCCGAGUCCCCCAGAGGAGCAGCUGCUGCCUGUUCGCUUGUCCCCGGUUGGAGCCUAUUCGCCUCCGGCUCGGGGGGCCCUGCCCUGCCUGGCCAGCCCUGAGCUGGCACUGCUGCUGUCCCCGCUGUUUCCCAGAAGUAGCACCUUCCCUGCCGCGGCUCCCCCACCCCGCCAGGUACCCGCCCCCCUGCUGCCACCGCCACCUCUUCCGCCGAAGGCCCCUCGCUGGACCAGGAGCCCACCGCCUCCGCCCAGGCUACUCCGUAGUUCCUGGUCGUUCGCCGGUGUCCCCGGGGCCCAGCGGCUGUGGAUGGCAGAAGCCCAGAGUGGGACUGGCCAGCUGCAGGAGCAGAAAAAAGGUCUCCUGAUAGCCGUCAGCGCCUCAGUGGAUAAAAUCAUCUCGCACUUUGGGGCCGCGCGGAACUUGGUUCAGAAGAACCAGCUGGGUGAUAGCCGACUGAGCCCAGAUGUGGGGCACCUGGUGCUGACCACCCUCUGCCCAGCUCUCCACGCCCUGGUGGCCGACGGGCUGAAGCCUUUCCGGAAGGACCUCAUCACUGGGCAGCGCAGGAGCAGCCCCUGGAGCGUGGUGGAGGCAUCCGUGAAGCCAGGUGAAGGCCGAGAGUGUGGGACCGCCGCGCUGCGACCCGGCAGGGCUGGGGCCUGGCUGACGGCACCCAUGUCCUCAGGCUCCAGCACUCGAUCCCUUGGCACCCUGUACAGCCAGGUCAGCCGCCUGGCUCCCCUGAGCAGCAGCCGCAGCCGCUUCCACGCCUUCAUCCUGGGCCUCCUCAACACUAAGCAGUUGGAGCAGUGGUUUUCCAGUCUGCAGGAAGAUGCAGGCCUGCUGUCCCUCCUGUACUUGCCCACUGGAUUCUUCUCCCUGGCCCGGGGAGGCUGUCCCUCCCUGUCCACGGAGCUGCUGCUCCUGCUACAGCCGUUGUCGGUGCUCACCUUCCACCUGGACCUGCUCUUUGAGGCCCACCACCUGCCCCUGGGCCCGCCGCAGGCUCCUGCCCCCGCAGGCUCGCCCCCAGCCCUGCAGCAGACUGUGCAAGCUGUGCUGCACUGGGGGGGCCGGCUAGCCCAGAGCCUUCGGGGGGCUUCUGGGGAGACUGCUCCUGGUGCAUCAGCCCCCUCAAGCCUUCCCGCGCCAGGCAGCUGGUGGGAGCAGCUGACCCAGGCCUCCCGGGUCUAUGCCUCCGGGGGCACCGAGGGCUUCCGAUCCAGGCAUCAGGGCAUGGCAGCCGAGGGCGCACAGGAGAGAUCCCUGCCCACAGAAGCCGCGCCAGGCAGAGGCUUGUGGCUGGGGAGGCUGUUUGGAGUGCCUGGGGGCCUCACAGAAACUGAGAGUGGAGCCCCCAAGUCCAGGAGGCCAUCCAGCUGGCUGCCCCCGACCAUGAGUGUGUUGGCGCUAGUGAAGCGGGGGACAGCUCCCGAGACUCCCUCGCCUCCUGAGGAGCUUGAGGCCUCAGCACCCAGCCCAGCACAGACCCACAGAGCUGCGUCAGCAUUCACUGAGCUGAAUCAAGAGAUAUUCUGCACAGUGGGAAGGGGAAGCCCGGGGACAGCCAGGCGCCCCCACCUCACUUCAUCGCAGCAUCUCCCUCUGGUCCCCCACAGGGCAGUCCGGGCUCUCUGUGACCACGCUGCUGCGGCCCCUGACCAGCUGAGCUUCCGGCAUGGGGAAGUGCUGCGUGUCAUCGCUACCGUGGAUGAGGACUGGCUGCGCUGUGGGCGGGGUGGCGUGGAGGGGCUCGUGCCUGUGGGGUAUACCUCUCUUGUUCUCUAGGCCUAGGACUUGUUCCUUCCUGCGUCAGUCUCUCCCUAACGUCACCUGGGAAUAGAAUGGCCUGCGAACACUAACCCAUGUAGACUGAUCAUCCCAGAAGCAUUUUCUCUGUCUGCAAAGUGACACUUUCCUCCCACAUCCAUUUCUAAUAUGUUAAAUAAAUUUUCCUUUUUCCCUCCCAUACCCAUCUGCAAGUUGAAAUCUGCUCUUCCAAAUAUAUGAAAAGGAAUUCCCCUCCAUGCAAUCUCUUUCCUGUUUGCAUAAGGGAACAUCUCCCUUCCUAACUGAAAAAUGGCUAUCUAGCCCCCCCGCCACCUUCUUCAUCUGUAAGUGGACUGUGCCAGUACAGUAUAUGCCUCAGUUCCCAAGACAAGAAGGGCCUCUGGUAUCCUUCCUGUGUGGAACCUUCUCCCACUCCCCGACCCUGUGUUGCCUGUAUUUAUUAUGUAUUCAUGCUGCACUAGGUGCUGAAGUCUGGACACCCCUGGUGGGUGGGCCUGUGCUGUUGGGUCUGCCUCCUUCUUUGUCCCAAUAAAGUGUGGGAGUUGAA